GCCGCACAGGCUCAGAGCCCAUAUGCGAGGAGGGGGUGACUACAUUGUGUCUAUUGUAUGUGGGUUUUGUUUUGGUUUUGUUUCGGUUUGGCUUUUUCCACCCCCACCCCCCCCCCGGCAUUUUGCGCGUUUCACCAGCGGUGUAAAUCGGGAGUAAAAGGCAUGGCAGAUGAGCAAGAAAUAAUGUGCAAACUCGAGAGCAUCAAGGAGAUCAGGAAUAAGACUCUGCAGAUGGAAAAAAUAAAGGCACGACUGAAGGCAGAAUUUGAAGCCCUGGAGUCUGAGGAGAGGCACCUGAAAGAAUAUAAGCAGGAAAUGGACCUGCUGCUGCAGGAGAAGAUGGCCCACGUGGAGGAGCUGCGACUGAUCCACGCUGACAUUAAUGUGAUGGAGAACACUAUCAAGCAGUCUGAGAAUGAUCUUAACAAGCUCCUGGAAUCUACUCGCCGGCUCCAUGAAGAGUACAAGCCCCUAAAGGAGCACGUAGAUGCCCUGAGAAUGACUCUGGGGUUGCAGAGGCUGCCAGACCUAUGCGAAGAGGAAGAGAAACUGUCCCUUGACUACUUUGAAAAGCAGAAAGCAGAAUGGCAGACAGAACCACAGGAGCCUCCCAUCCCAGAGUCUCUGGCUGCAGCUGCAGCAGCUGCCCAACAGCUGCAAGUGGCCAGGAAGCAAGAUACCAGACAGACAGCAACCUUCAGACAGCAGCCACCUCCAAUGAAGGCAUGUUUGUCGUGUCACCAACAAAUCCAUCGGAAUGCGCCCAUAUGUCCACUCUGCAAAGCAAAGAGCCGAUCUCGGAAUCCCAAAAAGCCCAAGAGGAAACAGGAUGAAUGAAAUCCAGAAGAUUGACAAGCUGUGUCACCUGUUCCAGUACUCUUCCAGUAGAAUGGCAAAUUUGCCCAGACUUUACUGAAUUGCAGACUCAAGUAUGACUGUCUCAUUGUUUUCUAUUUAAAUGCUAUGUAAGCACAAUGUUCCUGCUCUUAAGUUCCUUCCAGUCUUUAGGAUUUGGGUUUAGGAAAGUAAAUAUUACUGGUGCUACAGUUUAACAUUUCAAUUGUUCCAUCUUUUGUACUCCUAGACAAACUGGAAUUAUUUGUGCAAGUAUCCUAAAUGUCAGGCUAUUUCUGCUUACCAUAUGUGAUUACCACAAAUGCUUUUAUGUUCUCUUUUUAAAAAACAGUUGCUACUAAAAGUUUAUUCUGUUUUCUCCUGAUAACAGGAGACUAUUCAAAGUGCUGAAAUAGCAGACUGUCUGUUUCUUUCACUGAAGAACAAUUUGUUUUCCAGUCUCAUAAGACUGGGUAGGUUUGGGUAUCCAGUAGAACUCUUUUUAAACAGGAAACAUUCAGGGAAAACGAGAUUUGUUAUACAGAAAGUCAAAGCAUUAAGGACACAUAUGGGUUUUGAUUUACUGAAGUUGAUUGUACCAUUCCCUCAAACUUGACUUAAAACUUGAAAAGGUGCUGGCUGUGUAUGAAUUUCUAAAAAUUAUUUAAUUUGCCAUGCUUUUACAUCUUAGCAGGUUAUUAUUUUCAGCAGUCAAAAGACUGAUUGACUUAAGAACAAGCCUGAAAGGAACUGUAUGAAUGGUUCUCCUAGGCUCUAUGGCUGAGGAGCACACUGUGGUUCUCUAGGAAACAUGCAUGAUAUAGCCCAAAUCUCUAUGUGCACAGACUACACAUCAGCCAUCCUGAAGUCUUCUGUUCCUGGUUUCUACAGCCAAAAUCUGGCAGACAUAUCCUCCACUGGAGCAUAGGAAAGUUCAGAAACAUGCAUGAGGAACAGUGUCAACUAAAAAUUAUGUAUUUCACCAGAACCAAUGAGCUUUGGUGCCAUUGUCCUCCCUCAACCAAAACUUUCUAUUUUUUUGUCUUUUAAUAGGUCAUUUUCAAAUAAGCUUUAUUUCAGGCUGGUUUGUUUUCUUUUUCCCUGUGUGCCAAAAGAACCCUGACUAAAGCAUCUGGAGUAGAUCACUCCCUGUUUCAUGUAAAGUAACAAGAGUUCUUGCCAUGGGGAAGAUGGCAGUGAUCCACUUACAGAAUUGGCACUUGAAUUUUACUCAUCUCUAAUCCCAGUUUUGUGACCACCUUUGUUGCCUAAAUUGAUCUCGAGUGUUAAAUACUCUUCACUAACUCUGGGAUGCAGGAACUGCUUGUUCACAUUCUUCUCUCUUUAGCCCUGGUUUCUCUCUACAAUUAUGUUAGAGUGGUUAUAUUGAGAAUUUGUCUUGUUAGAUAGGAAGAACAGGGAAGCCCCAAGUCUCUGCUCCAAGAAUACUUAUUACUAAACAUUGUAAUACUAAAUAUUACAAACUGUAAUAAAUCCACAUGAUGCAAUGUUGUUGGCCAAAUCACAUGUGUCACCAUUAAUUUCCUAAGUCUGCCACAAAGUUCACGAGUGAUUUACUGAAUAUAGUCCUAAAACUUAAGCCAGGUUCAGGAGAUAUUCCCCCAUUUUAAUGUUACAUAAUCAAAUCAACAUUAACAGCAGACUGAGUGUGGACCACCUGCCCCUGAAAUUAUGUGAAGAGCAGAUUCUGCUAGCUGGAUUGCAGGGAAUUUGGUCCCUGAAACAGCAAUAAUGGAAGAAAGUCUGGCUCCAUGAUUCCAAAUGGCAAUAGUGUGAUAUGUCUGUUUUGUAGCACAAAUACUGGAUUCUACUGUUUUAAAUGUCAUGGUGGUCACGUGCUGUGUGCCCUGUUCAGGGCAAUUCCUAUGGAGUUGAAGGGAAAAUGCAAAUAAUUAAAAGACAGUAUGUGGACUUCCCCAAAGUGCAUACAUGAGAGCAGCGUACUUUGAUGGUAGUUGUACAUACAUUUAAGAACUAGUGACAGUGGAGUGGGCGAAUGGUCUGCAAUGAAGUAGUGUGAAUAGAAGGAUUUGUAGAGACUUUGACUUACAGUUCUGAAGUAGGUAGGGUUAGUCAGAGUUGUUCUCACUUCACUGUUAUUUUGCCAGGUUCCUUCUUUCUUGGGAGAUCCCUCAACUGAAGUAUGCUUACAGAUGCACCAUUUACUAAUUUAGUAUAACUAGUUUUGUAUUUUUACUUUUUUAAACUAGUCUCAUGUACUCUUGUGUUUUACAAGGUUAGGUUUGUUUUGUUUUGGUUUGGUUUGGUUUUUUUUUUGUGUUUUUUUUUGUUUGUUUGGUUGGUUGGUGUUUUUUUGUUGUUGUUGUUGUUUUUUUAUAUGACAUACUGUGUUUGCAUCAGUUGUAAGUAGUAUACACGAAUUUUCACUUUCUUUACAAAGUUCUGCCAUAUGAAUAGCAUGCACUGCUGAGAGUGAGUGUAACUGGAGAUAAGUCAUCAAGGUGCCCUGGCUGCCGAAAGAGCCAGCCACAACCUGGAGUACAUCAAGCACAGCAUUGCCAGAUGAUUGUCUCACUCUACACUGCACUGGUGAGGCCUUGAGCACUGGGGGCAGUUUGGGAUGCCUCGGUGCAAGAAGGACAUCAGACUAUUACGGUGUUCUAGAGGAAGUGUGUGACCAAGAUUGCAAAAGGUCUCAAGGACAAGACCUCUGAGGAGCAGCUGAGGACUUUUGGCUUGUUCAGAUUGGAGAAAAGAGGGCUGGGGAGUGUCCUCAUCACAGCCUACAACUUCCUUGAGGGGGAAGCAGAGCAGGAGGUGCUGAUCACCCUCUGAUGGCCAGCAACAGGAUAUGAGGAAAUAGAAUGAAGCUGCAUUAAGGGAAGUUCAGACUGGACACCAGGAAAAGGUUCUUCUCUGAGAGAGUGGUUUGUCAUUGGUCCAGUGACCCAGGGAAGUGGCUGAGGCACCAAGCCUGUCAGGGUUUGAGGAGCACCUGGAUGACACUCUUAGCCACACAGUUUAGUGCUAGGAGAUAUUCCCCCAUUUUAAUGUUACAUCACAAUCCUGUGAGGAGCAGGGAGUUGGACUUGAUGAUCCUUAUGGGUCCCUUCAUAUUUGAGAUAGUCUAUGAUUCUAGCCAUUUCAAGGGGAUAAAAUAUGUAUUAUGUAUUAUGUAUUAGGGGAUCAUGGGUUUGAGGCAGGGAGGGAAGCAGUGUCUUUCACAGCGAAAGAGUAUUCUUUUCUCUCGUGGAAUAAUCACGAAAUUUACCUGAAGAACUCUUCUCAUGACAGCUCCAGGCUCUUUUCUCCCAGGCAACUCUCUCAAGAGACUGGAUGAAUAAUUAAGAAAUAUUGAUUUCUUGGUAUUCAGACAGAAGAGGAAGCUGUCUGAAGUACAGUUCUUAACACAAGCCUACUCCAUUUUUGCUUCAUGGAGCAACAAUAGCUUCUUCCUUUGUACCUAAAGUCUUUCUGGAUACUUCUUCACUUAAAUUUAUUCUUAUUUGGGUCAAAUUCUCUGAAUAGCCACAAUGAGACCUUCUUAAAAGCUUAGGAGACUUUUAUAUUACUGAAGUCUGGUUUAACCCUGUCUUUGUCAUUCUGUUUUUACAAGUGUAUCCAAGUGACAACAAAAUAACUGUAUUCUAUUGGUAUAGAUGGUUUCCAGGGUCUUUUCCUGGUUCAUCACUUGUGUCAAAGGAUAGUCCUGUUGUUCUAAAACCAUACAGAAAAAAAAACCCAAAUAAAAUUCCAAGCCUUUUGCCCUGCCAUCAACUCUAAGCCCGUACUGUACUGUACCUAAAUGCUUUGCUAUAGAAAUUUUCAUACCCAAGGUGGGGUGGAUCAGUUGUCCAAACUUUAGUGCCACGGAAACCAUUAACUACAGGGAAAAUGCAAUGCAAAUUUAAAUACUUGCACUUCCUGAAUUCAACCUCAGCUUUCUGAACAGGGCCCUGACUGAACCUGACAGUUGCUUCAACUCACAUAAUCUAAAUUUGAAAGAAUAGACACUGAUGUGUUACUUUAAAUAGCAUACUGUUCAAGAAAUUAUGUCUUCACUAGCACUUUAAAUAAAUAAAAAGUGCUUUAUUCAUUUAUUUUACAGUUUUCUAAUUCCUCCAGCAUACACUUUUGUUUUAGUAUUUAGGUAUUCUAGCAAUAUCAGGUGUUUUCACUGGCUUCUGUGUUUUAAGUAUUUUACUCCGUGCCUCAUAGGAGUAACAGUGUGAGAUCUGUUUAAUUUGUCUGUACAGUCCUUUUUAAUAAAUGUUUGUUUCAUGUCA